AUGCCUUCACAGAAGCAUACCAAAGCUCUUAUAGCAGGUGGCAGCGUUGCUGAGCUUACUCUUGCAAACGUCCUCGAACAACUUGGAAUCGACUAUUUGGUCCUGGAGAAGUAUUGCAAAAACCGCUCCCUUGGUGCAAGCAUCGGCAUCUUCCCGAGCGGCUUUCGUAUCUUGGAUCAACUUGGCUGCUACGGCGCAAUCAAGGCCUUAGUCGAAGGCGCAGAUGCUUUCGAAACACUAGCUAUGAGGAACGAGCAUGGGCAGAUCAUCUCAGGGGUCACGGGUGCUUUUAUGCAUUUCAACAAGCGGCAUGUCGACUUAUCUCGCGCGCGUGGAGAUAUUUUCUACGGUGACAUCCUCGUUGGGGCCAAUGGUAUACACAGUACAAUACGCCGCGAGAUGUGGAGUCUCGCAGAUCAAGACAGCCCUGGCUACUUCCUUAUGAGCAACCCAUCGGACGUACCAACCGAAUACUGCUGCAUAUCUGGCAUUUCGCACCCAUCAGACAGGUUUUCGAAGUACUCUUCGCAAAACAUAGGAGGCCGAAAUUACUCGUACCCCAUCGCCACGGGACCAAAUCAUCGCAUUUACUGGUUCCUGUUCAAGAAGCUGCCCGACACGACUCGUGGACUCUACGAAAAGAUUCCUCGCUCCGCAGAAGAGCAAAGAGACGCACUGGCUACUGAACAGGCGGAAGAUCGUAUAACGGACACAUUGGCUUCCGGCAAACUAUAUGCGAUGGGCACUACAGCAACAUUGCAAGUCAUUCCGGAAGCGGUGUUCAAGAAGUGGCAUUACAACCGGAUCAUGACUAUCGGGAAUGCUGCCCACAAGUUCAAUCCCAUCGGCGGCCAAAGCGGAAACAGCAGUCCUCGCAGACCAGCUUGA